GGGGGGGGGGGGAGUCACUUUAAAGGCUCUUUCUUACCCAUAAUGCUUUGUGGGGACGUUGACAAGUGGAUCCAAGAUGGCGUAGAAAGUAAUGACAGGAAUUGGAUGAAGUAAUUGAUCACUAAUGAACUACAGUGCUGGUGAGAUGUGUAAGAAAUUAUAAAGAGCUCUGAUGGGCUCUUUGGGUGACACCCAGUGCAGUGAACUGCAGGAUUUUUGUCCCUGAGUCAUGGAAGACAGAAGAGCUGAGAAGUCAUGUGAACAAGCAUGCGAGUCACUGAAGAGGCAGGACUAUGACAUGGCCCUCAAGUACGGCACAGAGGCCCUCCUUUCUCUUGGCCAGUACUCCAUGGCAGACCUCACAGAGCCGUGUCCAUUGGAGAUAGAGCGCAUCAAAAUCGAAAGUCUUCUUUACAGAAUUGCCUCAUUUUUGCAGCUAAAAAACUAUGGACAAGCUGAUGAAGAUUGUAGGCAUGUGCUGGGAGAAGGACUGGCCAAGGGAGAGAGUGCCUUCCGGGCAAUGCUGUGCUGCAUGCAGCUGAAAGGGAAGCUCCAGCCUGUUUCCUCCAUCCUUGCCAAAUCACUGACGGGAGAAUCGUUGAAUGGGAUGGUAACAAAAGAUUUGACAAGACUAAAAACACUUCUCACAGAAACAGAGACAGCAACUAGUAAUGUCCUUUCUGGAUAUCACGUGGAAGAAUUAGAUGAGGGGUCUUGUAAUGGUUGGCAUUUCCGCCCACCACCUAGGGGAAUCACAAGCAGCGAGGAAUAUACUUUGUGUAAAAGAUUUUUAGAGCAAGGAAUCUGUAGGUAUGGUGCGCAGUGUACUUCAGCACAUUCCCAGGAGGAACUAGCGGAAUGGCAGAAAAGAUAUGCUUCCCGGUUAAUAAAACUGAAGCAGCAGAAUGAGAACAAACAGCUUUCAGGCAGUUACAUGGAAACAUUGAUAGAAAAGUGGAUGAACUCAUUAUCUCCUGAGAAAGUGCUUAGCGAAUGUAUAGAAGGAGUAAAGGUAGAGCACAAUCCCGACCUGUCCAUUACCGUCAACACCAAAAAGUCUCGCCAGAUAUGGACCUUUGCUCUCACUUGUAAGCCUGCAAGAAUGCUGUAUCGUGUAGCAUUGCUUUAUGAUGCUCAUCGUCCUCAUUUUAGUAUCAUUGCAAUAUCUGCCGGAGAUAGUACUACCCAGGUAUCACAAGAAGUCCCAGAAAACUGUCAAGAAUGGAUAGGAGGAAAGAUGGCCCAAAAUGGAUUAGAUCAUUACGUGUAUAAAGUCGGGAUAGCAUUUAACACAGAAAUAUUCGGAACUUUUCGCCAAACCAUAGUUUUCGACUUUGGAUUGGAACCAGUGCUCAUGCAAAGAGUAAUGAUUGAUGCAGCUUCUACAGAAGAUCUUGAAUACCUGAUGCAUGCAAAACAACAGCUAGUAACCACAGCUAAGCGGUGGGAUUCUUCUUCUAAGACUAUUAUAGAUUUUGAACCUAAUGAAACUACUGAUUUGGAGAAGAGCCUUCUUAUCAGAUACCAAAUUCCUCUCUCUGCUGACCAGCUGUUUACUCAGUCCGUUUUAGACAAAUCAUUGACCAAGACCAACUAUCAGUCACGGUUGCAUGACCUCCUGUAUAUUGAGGAGAUAGCCCAAUAUAAAGAAGUCAGCAAGUUCAACCUCAAAGUGCACUUGCAGAUUCUAGCAAGCUUCAUGCUCACUGGAGUUUCUGGGGGCGCAAAGUAUGCUCAGAAUGGACAACUUUUUGGUCGUUUCAAGCUUACUGAAACACUUUCUGAAGAUACUUUGGCUGGACGACUGGUGAUGACCAAAGUCAAUGCCGUUUAUUUAUUACCAGUCCCUAAAGAGAAGUUAGUACAGACCCAGGGAACCAAAGAGAAGGUUUAUGAAGCUACUAUUGAAGAAAAAACAAAAGAAUAUAUAUUUUUAAGGAUAUCCAGGGAAUGCUGUGAAGAACUGAAUCUUCGGCCUGACUGUGACAUACAGGUUGAACUUCAGUUUCAGUUGAAUAGAUUACCCCUCUGUGAAAUGCAUUAUGCACUAGACAGGAUCAAGGACAAUGGUGUUUUGUUUCCAGACAUCAAUAUGACUCCCACCAUACCCUGGAGUCCCAACAGACAAUGGGAUGAACAGUUGGACCCUCGACUAAAUGCCAAACAGAAAGAAGCUGUCUUGGCCAUUACCACUCCACUUUCCAUCCAGCUGCCGCCUGUCCUUAUCAUUGGACCCUAUGGGACAGGCAAAACAUUCACGCUGGCUCAGGCCGUCAAGCAUAUACUGCAGCAGCAGGAGACGAGCAGGAUUCUCAUUUGCACCCAUUCUAAUAGUGCUGCUGAUCUCUACAUAAAGGAUUAUUUACAUCCAUAUGUAGAAGCAGGCAAUCCCCAGGCAAGACCUCUCAGGGUAUAUUUCCGAAAUCGCUGGGUAAAGACUGUCCACCCAGUUGUGCAUCAGUACUGUUUGAUCUCCAGCGCACAUUCCACCUUUCAGAUGCCCCAGAAAGAAGAUAUUCUUAACCAUCGAGUGGUGGUGGUGACAUUGAACACUUCCCAGUACCUCUGUCAGCUGGACCUUGAACCUGGGUUCUUUACACACAUUCUGUUAGAUGAAGCCGCCCAGGCCAUGGAGUGUGAAACCAUUAUGCCUCUAGCAUUAGCAGCUAAAAACACUCGGAUUGUUUUGGCUGGUGAUCACAUGCAGCUCAGUCCUUUUGUUUACAGCGAGUUUGCCAGGGAGAGAAACCUUCAUGUUUCAUUACUUGAUCGCCUCUAUGAGCAUUAUCCUGCCGAGUUUCCGUGUAGGAUCCUCCUGUGUGAGAACUACCGCUCCCAUGAAGCUAUCAUCAAUUAUACCUCUGAGCUCUUCUAUGAGGGUAAGCUGAUGGCCAGUGGAAAACAACCAGCACAUAAGGAUUUUUAUCCACUAACCUUCUUCACAGCACGAGGAGAAGAUGUACAAGAAAAAAACAGCACAGCUUUUUAUAAUAACGCAGAGGUAUUUGAAGUGGUGGAACGUGUAGAAGAGUUAAGAAGGAAGUGGCCAGUAGCAUGGGGGAAGUUGGAUGAUGGCAGUAUUGGUGUGGUGACUCCAUAUGCUGAUCAAGUGUUUAGGAUACGAGCUGAGCUUCGAAAAAAGAGACUCUCUGAUGUUAAUGUGGAAAGAGUGCUUAAUGUACAAGGAAAGCAAUUUAGAGUUUUGUUUCUUAGCACAGUACGUACAAGACAUACUUGUAAACAUAAGCAGACACCAAUUAAAAAGAAAGAGCAACUUUUGGAAGAUUCCACAGAGGACUUGGAUUAUGGUUUUUUAUCAAACUACAAGCUCCUCAACACUGCCAUCACAAGGGCACAGUCCUUGGUCGCUGUGGUGGGCGAUCCCAUCGCUCUGUGCUCGAUUGGGAGAUGCAGGAAGUUUUGGGAGCGGUUUAUUGCCCUGUGUCAUGAAAAUCAUAGCCUCCAUGGGAUCACAUUUGAACAGAUCAAGGCUCAGUUAGAAGCAUUAGAACUAAAGAAGACAUAUGUGUUGAAUCCAUUGGCUCCUGAGUUUAUCCCUCGGGCUCUCAGACUACAGCAUUCAGGAAGCAGCAGCAGGCAGCAGCAAUCACCACCCAAGGGGAAAAGCCUCCUUCCUACCCAGAAUGAUCAUUUCCAGAAUGAUGGAAUUGUUCAGCCCAGUCCUUCUGUACUUAUUGGCAAUCCUAUUAGAGCAUACACUCCUCCACCCCCUCUUGGACCUCACCCAAACUUGGGAAAAUCUCCAAGCCCCGUUCAAAGAAUAGAUCCUCAUACUGGGACAAGUAUACUUUAUGUACCUGCUGUCUAUGGAGGGAAUGUAGUUAUGUCGGUGCCUUUACCUGUACCAUGGACAGGAUACCAGGGUAGAUUUGCAGUUGAUCCUCGAAUUAUUACACAUCAGGCAGCGAUGGCCUACAAUAUGAACUUAUUACAGACACAUGGACGGGGAUCUCCUAUACCUUAUGGCCUUGGACAUCACCCACCUGUCAGCAUAGGGCAGCCACAGAACCAGCAUCCAGAGAAGGAUCAACAUGAACAAAAUCGAAAUGGUAAAAGUGAUACAAAUAAUUCUGGACCUGAAAUUAAUAAGAUUCGAACACCAGAGAAAAAACCUCCAGAACCAAAACAGGUUGAUUUGGAAUCAAACCCACAGAAUAGAAGUCCUGAAUCGCGUCCUGGUGUUAUUUAUCCCAAUAGCAAAUUUCCUCGCAAAGAUAAUCUCAAUCCCAGACAGAUAAAUCUUCCUCUCCCUACGCCUCACGCACAAUAUGCAAUCCCUAAUCGCCACUUUCAUCCGCUUCCCCAACUGCCACGACCACCAUUUCCAGUUGCACAGCAGCACACCUUGUUAAACCAGCAGCAGAAUAAUUUGCCUGAACAACCAAAUCAGAUGCCACCCCAGCCAAAUCAGGUAGCCCAACAGCAAAGCCCGCUGAAUCCGCAGCCCCAGCCGCCACCACCUCAGCUCUCUCCUGCCUAUCAAGCAGGACCCAGCAAUGCUUUUUUUAAUAAUGCGGUUUCUCAAAGGCCACAGUCUCCUCCUGCAGAGGCUGUGAUACCUGAACAGCAGUCCCCUGCCAUGCUGCAAGAAGGCCAAAGUCCUCUGAGAGCCAUUGCUCAGCCCAGCCCCAUCCUCCCUUCACCUCUCAACAACUUCCUUGAUGAGAAUCCCCCAGGACUGCCUAUAGGAGAGGCUUUAGACCGCAUACAUGGCAGCGUAGCUCUGGAAACAUUGAGGCAGCAGCAAGCGCGAUUACAGCAGUGGAAUGAACACCACGCCUAUCUCAGCCAGGGCAGUGUUCCGUACCCACACCAUCCCCACCCUCACCUCCAGCAUCUUCCUCAGCCGCCUCUGGGCCUCCAUCAGCCUCCAGUGAGAGCAGACUGGAAGCUCACCAGCAGUGUCGAAGAUGAAGCAGAAACAACGUUCUCAAGGUUUCAGGACUUAAUCAGAGAGCUGUCUCAUCGCGAUCAAAGUGAAACUCGAGAGCUAGCUGAAAUGCCACCACCUCAAUCAAGACUUUUGCAAUAUAGACAGGUUCAGGCUAGAAGCCCACCAGCAGUCCCAUCUCCCCCAUCCACCACAGACCACAGUAGCCACUUUUCUACUUUUAAUGACAACAGCAGAGACAUUGAAGUAGCCAACAACCCAGGAUUUCCACAGCCACGCCUUCCACCUCCAAUAUUCAGCUCUCCCUUCUCAUUGCCAUCUGAACACCUAGCCCCUCCCCCCUUGAAAUACCUGGCACCAGAUGGUGCAUGGACUUUUGCUAACUUGCAACCUAAUCACUUAAUAGGACCAGGCUUUCCCUAUGGCCUGCCUCCAUUACCUCACAGGCCACCACAGAACCCUUUUGUACAAAUACAGAAUCAUCCACCUGCUAUUGGUCCAGAGCCAUUUCACCCAUUGUCAUCUCGAACAGUGUCUUCUUCUUCGCUCCCCAGCUUAGAAGAGUAUGAGCCCCGAGGACCUGGUCGGCCCUUGUACCAAAGAAGAAUCUCAUCUAGCUCAGUGCAGCCUUGUUCUGAAGAAGCAAACACUCCCCAAGAUGGCCUGGCUCAGAGUAAAGACCUACAGGACCAAGGCAACUCACCUUCUUUCAGCUUCUCAUCCCCUGAGUCCUGGGUAAACACCACCUCAUCUGCCUCCUACCAGAACAUUCCAUGCAAUGGCUCCAACAGGACAGCUCAGCCCAGGGAGUUGAUAGCCCCACCCAAGAAUGUCAAAGCCUCUGAAGAUGAGAUCAAGUCUGAGAAUGCAGAGGUGUCGGGCGCCUUCAACUACAGCAUGCUCCAGCAUCUCGGCCAGUUCCCACCGCUCAUGCCCAACAAGCAGAUCGCGGAGUCGGCCAGCAGCAGCAGCAGCCAGCAGAGCUCCACUGCAGCCAGCAAGCCCGCCAUGUCCUAUGCCAGCGCACUGCGGGCCCCGCCCAAGCCCAGGCCCCCUCCCGAGCAGGCCAAGAAGAGCAGUGACCCCCUGUCUCUGUUCCAGGAACUCAGCCUGGGCAGCUCCUCAGGCAGCAAUGGCUUUUACUCCUAUUUUAAAUAAUCACCUUUUUUCCUCAAGGGAGAAUGUUUUAAUUUCUGUUUGUAUUAGUAGAAUUAAGGUAGUUGGACUUCCAUCUAUAGAUGCACAAUACUCUUUGUUUUAAUAUUAAAUAUGUUCUCACUUAAUUGCUUUGCUGCUAGACUUGCAACUAAUUUUUUAAAAAUAUAUUUCGUUAUUUUGCAUUUUUGAUGUGAGUCAGAAUUUUGACAGCUUUUAUGUAGAAUAAAAAUAUUUUUAAAUUUGUGUAUUGUUACAUAUGUUUGCAUCAAGCUAGCAGCUAAGAGGUUAAUUGUGCAACUAUAAAAAAAAGAAAAAAAGUUUGUCUAAAAUGUAUUUAAAAAGAAAAAAAAAUUGUAAGUAGCAUUUACAUUUAUUCAAUAAUAUUACCAUAUGCUGGAUUUCUGUACCAGAAAUGGCCAGUUGAUGUACAAAUGUAUGUUAUUUUUGCUUAAAUUCAUUUAAAUUUUUUUUAAUAAAGGAAGGGGCAGCAUCUUCUAAAUACUUUUAAGUUUUAUCAGAUUUCUUUUUCUUUUUUGUGACAGGAUGCUGCUGUCCAAGACUUUCAGAGUUUUGGAUGACGUGUGCUGUGCUGGUAUAACCUCCAUCCACCGUAGGAUAGAGUUCAGGCAUCUUUGCCGGUGUUUCUGUGUGAAAGAGCCGGCAUACUUAGGUUUUAUUUUUUGUUUUUGUUUUGUUUUGUUUUGUUUUGGUUGGACAAGCUACCCUUUGAGCUUGUUUUUAAUGUUAAUUUGAUAAUGUGUGUGUUUUUUUUAAACAAAUCAUGAAGCUGAAAAAUUUUUAGGAUUGUUGGUGCUUAGUAGACUUGAUAACUAUUUUAAAAAUGCGUGAAUUUAGUAAAAUCCUUUUUUCUUCACUAUGCAUGUAUAACUGUUUGUAAGCUGGCUUCCCCCUUCUCCAGUGGUAUACAGAAUUGUGCCGCUUUGAGGUUUGGUUAUUUUUCCCUUCAGUAAAAAUUUUGGUACCUUAUUUGAUGUUUACAUUAAAAUGUGACAUUAUCUAUGGCAAGUCAACUAUUUUGCUAGUUGUUUUGUUUGAGGAACAUCACUAAAGAAAAGUAUGAUGUCAAAAAUCCAUCAAAAUUUAUCAGAAUCUGGGUGAGAAAACUACCUUUGGUUUUCCUGCCUUUCAUUUCUUCUAAAAUACCCCUUUUGAACUUGUACAAAAAUAUGAAAUUUAAAUAACUAUCUUAAAUAUUCUACAGUUUGACAAUUGUUUUGAAUGAACUUUGGUAAAAUCCAAAGGAAAAUGUUUACCCUUUCAGAACUUGUGGUCUUCAUAGCACAUUUGGAACAAAUGCAUGUCCUUAUCAUUUCCUCAUCUUCAGCUAUGUCUCUAGAGUACCAUAAGUCACUUCCUUUUAAAAAAAAAAAUAAACCGAGGUCACAUGACCUUUCCAGUGAGCCCAGUCUUCCUAAGGAUCCAGGCAGACAAAGUUUGGGGAAGACUACUUUUGACAGGCCAUCUUGUAUUCUCAGUAGGUUUAAAGCCGGGUUGAAAGGGCCAUCUUUUAUCUAACGUUGCUUCUCUGCCUGGGUUACUUUUGUGUUGGCCAGGCUCUGCCUCCUGUCCGCCUCAGACAAUUUGGGGUAAGAGUCCCUUUGGUUAAAGGCCAGCAAGUCCAGAACAGAUGAAGCAUGCUUCUCUCAUCUGUUCUACCUUUCUGCUCAGGGUGCAGUUCAUUUGCACACGGCUUCCUAUUUAUUAUAAGCCUGUUGAGGCUCUGGACGUGUUAAUGGUUAGAAUAAAUCACAGUGGGGGAAAGCCAAGCCAGGAAGCGGCAGCACCAGGCUUUCUUGGGAUGAUGUCAGAAUGCCACAUUUAACUGUAUGUCAAAUUUUGCUCAGCAUACUUUCAUAAGAAGAAGGAAAAAAAAUUGCCAUAUGGCUGUGUCUGUCCAACUCUAUGCCAAAAUUCCAGACAUAGCCCAAAUGGAAAAUAGGUCUCCCCAUUAUGAGGAUAUCUAUGAAAAAUAAUUUUCUUCUCAGGGGGAUGAUUGCCCCACAGCCAAGACUGCAGGACCACACUACAGCAGCUAGAAGAGCAUACCAAGGCAUUUUCCAGUAUGAAGACAGGGCUUUUGGGUCACCUCCCGAGCUUAUCGCCCAAUUUUGUUUUCCAUACUUGAACCUUUAACACGCAUCAGUUUUUAAGUUAUUUAUAUUUAUAUUUUGUUAAAGAAGUGACAUGGACACCCUAGCACCUGACAUAAAUACAUGGGCGAUGGGAGCCUUGGGUAAGGAGACUUAAGUUGCUCUGAUAUAUUCUGUAAGCAGUUAUUUCUCAAAAGUGAAUGUCUGCCCCUUGUUUCUCAUUUCUAUGGCUAGUCAUGGAUUUGGAUGUUAUUUAUGUCUUUUCAUAUUCUGCAUUGGAUGCUUAUUUUGAUCUUUGACAAGCUCCCUCUUUUUCAGCAUUACAUAAUGCCAUUUUCUCAUCCCUGCUCUGCAGAAUCUGUUAUUUAUCUAGUAGUAGUUUUGAGCCCAUCUCAUGGAAGAAUCAUUCCAAGUCUCCAUUGAGGUGAGGCGUGGUUUCUGAGUGCCCUGGAAACUCUGCUUUGCUGUUACUAGGUGCUAUUAGCAAGUGACCACAAGCCAGUCAGAGAAAAGUAGCAUAUUUUCUAAUUUCAUGCACUAGGCAUAGCCUUGGAGCUCAGAGCCAGCAUGCACAUGUAGAUGUAUAUUUGAAGAAAAUGAUGGUAGCUCUGAAAUAAUACCGAUUAUUACCAACUUCCUUUUCCUCCAGAGCAGAUUGCUUCUAAGUGAGGUUAAUUGUCCCUAUGAUUUCUUCCUACUUCUUUCUUCAUUGUUUCUCCAUGAAGUUUUCUUCUUCUUGCCAAUACUACUUUUUAUCCAUUUCAUUUUUGAAUUUCAGUGCAACUUGAGAUUUUGUUUUUCUUUUUCUCUUAAAGAAAUUCCUUUGGGUGUUAGUGUGUAGGAAUUCAUGCUAAGUUGGAUUUUCUUUUAUUUUUCUUAUCCUGAUCUAAAAAUGCAUUUUUGUUAAGACUUGAAGGACUUCAUUCACUUUAACAUGGGUAUUUGGGGUGUGUUUUUGAGUUUGGAUUGCCAUUUUGACAGAUAGUUUACCAAAUUGUGAACACAACAUUGUUUUUGGUUGAACAUUUAAACUAACAUGACCUUCAUUUUCAUUUCUUCGUGUAGAUCAUGUAGUAUGUGUAAGAUACCAAACUGCUUUUUUUUUUUUUUUUCUUUCACCAGAGAUUCUAGAAUAACUUCAGGUUUGGUAAACAUCAACUGGUCUUUUCAGUUUGAAGAAUUGCAGAAUAAGUAAAAUAAGCAGAAUUCUCUGUGAGUAAGCAUUACACAAUUAAAGAUAGCAAUCUUUAAGACCUAUUUAUGAAAAUAGUUUCCUUGUUUCUGAAGCCAUUGAAGUUGCUGAGAAAGCUAACUGAAUUUUCUAACAUUGAAAUAAUAUAUAGUACUGUGUUGCUCUAGGAGAGCUGAUUUUAUAUAUUUAAUAUUUUUCAUCUCAAGAGCAAAGCUAUAAAUGUAGCUACCUUGGCUAAGAGACAGGGUAUGAAAAAUAAUUUCAAUAUAAAGUUGAGUAUUUCUCAGAUAUUAUUUAGAAAAUUCUGUUUCCUGAAAUAGUUAUUUUUAAGAGACACUCAUGACUGCAUUGUUUCAUAGUGGAAUUGAUUUUCAAAAAGGAAAUCCCAUUUUAAAAAAAUACAUAAACAUUCAAGGUUAAAAAUUUCAGUGUAUUAUAUUGAAAGAUACAAAUGGUGGCUUUAAAAUAUUAUUUAAGCUAGCAUCCUAGUUUUUCCUUUCUAGGUUGUCAGAGGAAGCAGCUUGUCCUUUCGAUUAUCCAUGGGUGAUUUCUUCUGACUAUCCCCCUUAAUGUUAAAAAAAGAAAAAAAGAAAGAAAAUCUGCCUGAAUGUUGAGGUAGAUCUUCAUGGAUCUGAUUUGUCUCUCCCUGUUUGUCAUCUGAUCCAUAUUCACCUAGAAGUGAGCAAGAGUGGAUACUGUUCUAACUAUGAUAUCUUGUUCAAAACAUCCGUUAGUGGUGGCACCACUGCACAUUAUAAAGGAAUUGUCUUGAAAGAAUAAGAAGCAUGUUCGUUUUUCAAGGCUUCUCACAUUUCCAUCUACUUGAGAUUGGGCAUUUCUUUGCUAAGACUUUUUUUGUAAAGCUGCUAAGUUCACACUUAACCAUGUUCAAACCUGUUUAAUUAGCAAUCUCAAGGCCCUUGUUAAAAGGAGUGAAUCUCAGUAAUGUUUAGCAUUCUUGUAAAACAGAUUCAGAAAGUAGCAUGAUGUUAUUACUUUAAGCUAGAAUAUCAGGUGAAACAUUAAAAUUCUUUUAAUGUAGCAUUUAGGAAUUUUGAACCUACUUUGGAGUGAACUUUCAGAAACAGUUGUCAGAGUUCCUAGAUGUUGUGGAAGGGAGGUACCUGAUCUAGAUGUAGAAAUCUGGAGAAUCUCGAUGUAGAAAUGUGAACUGUGCUUAGGUCCCAGACCCAGUGAUGCAGUGGGAGUCUGAAACUGGAGAGCUAAGAAAGCCCAGAGAUGUUCAUAUACUUAGAGUGUCAGCAACCAGAGUAUUAGACCAGACUUUAUUUGCAAUUUGUUCAACAGAGAGAUUUUAUUUUGAUACAAAUAUUAAGUAUAAAGCAUAGUAAGUUUUAUAUAAUUCUGAGUUCAUUAAACAAUCUUAACAAAAUUUUCAUUAUGUUCUUGGGGAGUCUUUUUAACUAUUUCUACCUCAGAGAUGAGGUCUCUUCUGUAUUUUAUUUUGCAUACUAGCAUGUGAUUGCCUGCCUUAGAAUGUGUAUAGGAGAAGAAAUGAAUAUUAUUACCUUUUAAGCAAUUGUUGAUUUCUAUGGAAUAAUUGUUUUCAUCUAACACUUUGUAAAAAAUGUUGACAAGGAAAGGAAAAGGGUGGCCAUUCUCAUAGUUUUCAACACAGAGUAGCAUCUGAUUUACAAAUCUAUCCUGUUAGAAGAUGGUUAGAAUUGUGAGAGGGAUGAAGAAAUAACAGAAUACUUCUCAAACUUGAGCCAGCUUGGACUUAGCUGGCUGUACAGACCUUGCUGGACCCAUCCCCAGAGUUCCUAGUUCUUGGCUAGAGACUCUACUGCCUGGGACCCCUUGGUCCAGGAGGUACACUUGGAGGAUCAUUGGUCGAGAGAAAGUUGAAGGUCUUUCCCAUGAUGCAUUAUUUACCUGGUGUAAACAACUGAUCUGUUGGAUCAUUUUUAAUCAUUCGGAUACCAUGAGUGGCACAUUCGUGGAGAAUGCGCUUUUACACUUUGGCUUGGCCCCCCCCGCCUUUUCCUCUAGUGGGGUCUGUGCUGUUCUUCCUCGGUGGAGAGAAGCCCUUCCAGUUCUAGGGUGCGUGUAUUAGGUUUUGUGUGCACAGCUGCCCGGCUUUGGUGUGUGGCUGUGUGUUCGUUGCUACAUAGCUAACCUUGGAUCCCUGUGUAUAGAGGUAAGAAUUGUGGAAAGAAGCCAUCCGAAUGUCACGAGAAUGCACUGUGCAUUUGUCGAGGCACUUUUACACGAGUCCCUGUCCUAAUAUGACAGUGACAUGGAGCUUCAAAAAGUCUAUAAUCCCCAAAUAAUAAUGUAUUCUGUCAAUUUUAAAUGGGGGUAGGGUUUUUUGUUUUGUGUGGGUUUUUUUUUUUUUGUGGGAGGGAUAAGGGCAAAGGGCUUGCUUUUCGAAUUAUGUGUUUCUCAGGUUAACAGAAGUUAUUUUGAUUUUCUGCCAUGCCUGCAGGUGUCAGGGACAGCCUGAGGUGUUGGCGGUGGCAGGAAGUAGUUGUGAUGAUUAUGUUUGGGAAACAGUCUAGGGGGAAUCUGCCACCUACACAGCAUGACAUGUAUGCACAAGUUGCUUUGGAGCACGGAAUUGUCUCCAACAUACUAAAUCUGAUAAUGUCUUUGGGUAUUUUACAUUUGUGUAUUGUUAUUUCAAAUAUUCACCCUGGACUGCAUGUUGGGGGGGGAUUGGGCUCAGAUUCUGGUUUUUUCGUUUGAAUUUACUGAGAUACUAGCAAUGGAACGGUUUUAAGUGUAAUGUAGAAAGAGUUAGGCAUAGAAGUAAACACAGGCCAUUGUAUGGUGCAUGGCUUUGGAAUCCUCAAAACCCGGUCCUCCUGCUCUAGGCUUGAUUCCCUUUGGUGAGGGCUGUGUGUGUGCUGCACAGGUUCCUUUCUGCAGUCCACACAUAGGGGGAGCUUUGGUUUAGUUACACUUUGUCCUGCGUGAUACUUGCAUGCAAAGACCUCUUUCUCACUCUGGGCAGGUCAGGGGGCUCUUCUGUGCAGAUUAAAGUUCCAGAGCAGCAGUGACACCGGAGAAUGUUCUCAGCACCCCUCUCUUUACAGAGGAAGGGGCCCAGAUGUUCACAUGUCUCCUAGAAAUCCAUGACGUGUACAUCACGUACUGUAUCUGAUUUCUGUGCCAGUCAUCUGACCUGGUCCUUUUAAACUCAUGAAGGUACUGGUUAUAGGUAGUUUGUUGUAUCCUAGCUAAAUACGGUGAUUAAAACACAUCUCUAAAUCACAAAGAUAAUGGCUUUGCAUUAUUAUUAAAGGAUCCUGUUAUUCAUGACACAGGAUUUUUUUUUAGUGCUUCAAAACUAUAAUUCUUAACUAAAUGUGAUCAGCUAACUUUUUUCAGCAUCAGUUACUUAGCAAAUUCAUACUGGGUCUUAUUUUGGAAAGCCUGUUUUGGAGAGGCUGUAUGAAACUAAGCUGUAAGUUCCUAUCUCUUCUAGAUACCAGCUGUACAGCCACCUAAUUAAGCAUAACUUAUGGCAAAAUGAUAGCAAUUAUUAUAUUUUCUUUGCAGUAAAUGAUUACCUCAUCAGAGAGGCUCUAAUACCUAAAGAGUUUAUUCUUAAAAGUAAAAAUGACUGUACCAUAGAAUAACCCCAAAGCCACUCUCUAGAGUUUUUGUUUUUCUUCUUUCUUUGUCUUCAUCUUUUCUAACUUACAUUUUGGUAUUAUUACUUUAGCUAUUUUGGUUCAAGUUUCCAACUUGGGGGUCUACAGUUCCUACGGUGUGAUCCUUGUCUCAGUGAAGUUCUUUUGUUUUCAAAGUUUUCAUGGUAACACAAAAUGUAUUUUACUGCUACAACUAAAAUGUAUUUAUAAUAAAAUGCCUUUUUAAUAAUUUGGA